AUGGAAAAUAUGCAGCCUAAAGCAAUAUUUACAGAUCAAAACCCAGGAAUAAUGAGAACAAUCAAGCUUGUGUUUCUAUUGACUGUGCAUCGGCUAUGUAGAUGGCAUCUGGAGAAACAUAGGAUACAACACAUGAGAGCAUUGUACAAAAAAUAUCCUGAUUUGAACACAGUUUAUAGGAGUUGUAUUUAUGGUUCUAAUACACCAGUUGAAUUUGAGGAGCGUUGGGAGUGCAUGAGGGGAGAGUUGAUGAAUAUGUAUUUUAAGGGCUUCUUCACAUCAACAACACCUCUUAAUGAAUUCGUUACUCAAUUUGAAGAGGCUGAGAACAGAAGAAGAGAAAAAGAAGCCAAGAAAGAUGCUAUCUGCAUCACCUCAUCACCUUCUUGUGCUACAAGUCACAGAAUUGAGCAACAAGCCGUUAAUGUUUAUACUAAUAAGGUGUUCAAGUUUUUCUUUGAGGAGUGGUUUGCUUGUUUUGGUCUUCAAGUGAAUCAAUGUGAUGAUGAAAUUAUAGAGAAGAGACAUAUACUUAAGAUACAUGUGAUAACAGACAGAUCCCACAUUCCAGAUAGGUAUAUCAUGCAUAGGUGGACCAAAGCGGCCCAAUUUAGUAACACCCCAUCUGGAACUUUGUCAGGGUCAUCUCAAGGACAGCCACAACAACCAAUAUGGCUUUUACAAGAUCUUGUCAAUAAAUUUGCAAGAGAAGGAACUCUUUUUGAAGAGCGGUUUGAUGCUGCUUUAAAAAUAUUGAAUGAAGGGUUAGUGCAGGUCCAGAGAUUGCAAGCAAAUGUGCCUAGUUCCAGUUGUAAUCCGGAACCUUCAGCUGUAGUCCAACGAAGAGUAAAUCAAUCCUUACGUAGAUCGAUAACAAGGGGACCAAAUUUAAAACGUAUGGUUGCUGGCAUUGAAACAGUCACUAAUCGAAGGGGUUACCAUUGUUCUUCUUGUGGCGGUACAGACCACAACAUUCAAAAUUGUCCUAUGGCUAACACAUUGGGGAUUAUGGGCGAUCAUACACAAGUCAGCAACUUCUCUUCGCAAAUAGAGACCUUGGGGGUUAAUACACAAUGUAGUAACCUAUCCUUGCAAAUAGAGAGAGCACGGGAUAAUACACAAGGCAUAAAUCGAUCGGAGCAAAUAGAUUUGAAUGAACCUGCUACUCUUUUGUGA